AUGAAGCCGUUCUUCCGCCUGGCCCAUCGUCACCCCCGGUCCCUGUCGCGCGGCAUGAUCUCGUCUCGCGAAGACUCCAUUCCCCAUGAGCUGCGCACAGCGGCAGAGCCCCGCCAGAACAGGCUGUACCCGGUGCAUCUGUCGCAUGUGGAGCAGAUCAACCAGUCGGUGCGACUGCUGCAGCUAGCCAUUCAUCACAAUAAUGACAAACAACAACAGCCAUUUACCUUCCUGCCCGGCCAAUGGCUCGAUGUUCACAUCCCAUCGAUUGCCCAGGCGGGAGGCUUCACCAUCACCUCGACGCCGGCAGAUGCACAGGCACUGCCAUCCCCCGAGGCCCCGCCUCAAGAAGAGACGACGCUCUCAUCCACAGAGCCGCAAGGACGGGCUCCUUACGUGGAAUUGGCCGUCCAGGACUCCCCCGCUAAUCCCUCUGCCGCAUGGCUCUGGCGGCCGAAGGCGGAAAUCGUAGGCAAGGAGCUAAGUGUCCGCGUGGGCGGAAGCUUCGUCUGGCCGCCUGCCGGCGUAGAUGUGGAGACUGUCAAGAACGUAGUCUUUAUCGCCGGUGGCGUCGGCAUCAAUCCUCUCAUCUCUAUCCUCUCACACCUAAAUAACAACUCAUUCCAACCACCACACCACCCAACAAACAUCCACUUCUUAUACUCCAGCAAACUGCCACGCGGACUAUCAGAGACAUCUUCGUCCGAGGAGACCCUAGAUCAGAUUCUAUUCCUGUCGCGUCUGCGCCAGAUAAUUCGCUCCCAACUACACUCCCACCGCCUGCGGAUCUCCCUAGAUCUUUUCCUGACGGACCUGGCGUCGUCGUCCCCGCUGCUUACUUCGUCUGCAGGUCAGUUGGCAGAUCUGACGAUCCAUCCCAGGAGAAUUAGUGAGCAUGAUCUGCGCUCUGCGGUCGUAGGUGGCGAUGGGAGACUUGAUCCCCGUGAGACGGUGUGCUAUGUUUGUGGACCGCCGCAGAUGACGGAUCAAAUGGUUGGGUUGCUAGGGCCAAUUCUUGGGGAGGAUGCGGAGAGGAGGGUGCUUUUUGAAAAAUGGUGGUGA